UUCCUCUUUCAAUCUUUAUUCUCACCACUGGUCAAGGCACGCUGUGUACUGACUAAAUUUUUAUCUUGUACUCAAAUAAAGGCUAACCUAAACCUAGAUUACAGGGCUGAGUUGCCUGAUUUUUAAAUUAUUUUUGAUUUAUUUAACAGAAGAACAUGAAGAUACAAGGUUACACAUUGAACGGCAUUAGCAUACAAGUUUCAAGGAAUGUUUCAAGGAAAAAGAGAUUGAGAGAUAUGAAAACAUCAGUGGAGAAGUUCAGUUUCUGACCUUCAGCAGUUUUGGUGCCAGCCAACAGCACUGUCCCCAAGGUGACAAGAGAAUUAUCUGUGCAACAUCUUUGCUGGGUUUUGGCCUGAUUUUACAUCCAAAGAGCUUAGACUGGACUCAAGAAGGUUUAUGGAUUCCUUCAAGCUCUGUGGACAAGGCAGCAGCCAUUUCUCUGCUUGACCCAGAGGCUGUGGCUGUGGUUUCAUGAUCUUUCUAACACAUGGAAACCACCAGUGUCUGACAUCCAGGCUGUUCACUACUUUGCUGCACAUUUCUGCAGACCCAGCUAUCAUUUUGCCAUUCAACCACCAUCACUACAAUGUCAGGCAGCAGCCUGUCCUUAUGUGGGAUUAGGUGAUGCUGGAACCACAGCUGCAACCUUCAAAAGAGGAACUUAUGAGGAUGCUUAACAGCUGCAUAACCCAACAGAACCAUUCCUCCAAUGGCACUGUGCUGGACUCCUCAGAGAAGCUCCACGCUGUUCUGAUAGUCCUGUACAUCAUUAACCUGGCUGGCGGCACCGUUGGGGUCAUCAUGAUGUCCCAGCAGUUGUUUCAAAGGAGAUCCCAAUCUGUGAUGACCAUCAUGAUCAUCAGCCUCCUGGUGCUGCACAGCUUCAUGCUCCUCAGCAUCCCCUUCCGCCUCAGCUACUAUAUUUUGGGGGAGUGGAAAUUCGGGAGGUUCGCCUGCAGGCUGGCGAGCGCCAUCAUCUACCUGCACAUGUACGCCACCUUCGCCUUUUACGCGGCCAUCAUCGUAGCGCGCCUCCUCCGCCUGGAGUUUUGCAAGUGCUACACCGCGGCCUGGGUGGGGGCUGUCUGGCUGCUGGGAGCGCUGGUGGUCACGCCUGUUCUCCUCUCCUACUACGGCACCUCGAAGACUUACCGCUCCUGCGAGUGCUUCCAGUUCCACAGGGAGCUGCAGGAGGCUCACAUGGUGAUCAUGAACUACUGCCUGGCUGGGAUUUUGGUGGCAGCGUGUGCUGUGCUCACCGGAAUCCAGCUGACUGUGAUCUAUAGAAUAGCCAUGAAAUACUGGCCUGACAUUAACUCUCACGUGGAAUUCAGGGCUCAGGCGAAGAGUUUCUUCUUCAUCUUGGUAACAUUAGUCUGCUUUAUGCCUCAUCAUGUGUUCAGAGUAUACUACAUCCAAAACUACGACCUUGAUAAAGACCAUAAACUACUCCUAUACAACGAGGUUUUUUUAGCUUUAACAACAAUGUGCUGCCUGGAUAUGUUGUGCUUCAUAGCAGGAAUAGCCCACUGAAGUGUGAGCU